CCACAGCUUUACAGAGGGAGCAAAGAGCAUGAGAAAGCAAUUGGCUAAAGGAAGCUUCACUUCAACCAGUCAGAUUCCUAACUCAACUAAUCCAAUCCUGUUCUCUCAGUUUCUUCAAGACCUCUGACACCGCUAAAGAAUCAGACUGGACCAGGACAGCUUGCAUUCAACCAGAGCAAGACAAGAAAACUCAUUUUAAAAUUGCGAAAAUUGUAAAGAUGUCUUUGCGGACGGUGGCUCUGAGCGUUACCCUCCUGCUGCUGGUGCUGACAGAAGUGUGGGCGCAAAACCCAAGGAAGAGGCUGGCGCCACCCAAGCCUCCAAAGGCGCAGUGCUGUGAUGAAGUGCGCUCCCUGAAGGUGCAGGUGGCCAACCUGACCAGCCUACUGGAGGAGCUGGGCCGCAAGCAGGAGACAGACUUGAUGAACGUAGUAAGGCAGAUGAUCGAGCUGGACAAGCAGAACCGACAGCAGGAGUCCCGCGUCACUGAGGCCGAGAGCAAGUACUCUGAGAUCAAUAACCGGGUGGAGAUCAUGCAGCUGCAAGCCGCCCAGUCCGUCACUCAGACCACAUCAGAUGCCAUCUACGACUGUGCAUCCCUGUACACCAAGAACUACAAGAUCUCUGGGGAGUACAAACUGCCUGCAGAUGACUUCCUGGGGACCCCUGAGAUUGACGUCUUCUGUGACAUGGAGAGCAAUGGUGGUGGCUGGACGCUCAUCCAGAGACGCAAGGUGGGCCUGACCUCCUUCAACCGCGACUGGAAGCAGUACAAAAAUGGCUUUGGCACCAUCCGCGGGGACUUCUGGCUGGGCAAUGAAAACAUCUUCCGUCUGACAAGGCAGCCCAGCAUACUAAGGAUAGAGAUGGAGGACUGGGAAGGCCAGACCCGCUAUGCAGAGUACAGUUACUUCACAUUGAAAAACGAGUUGAACAGCUACAAACUCUUCAUCGCCAACUACAGUGGAAAUGCUGGGGACUCUCUGCGCUACCACAACAACACCAAUUUCAGCACCAAGGGCAAAGACAACGACAAAUGUGUGGACGACUGCGCUUCACUACGCAAAGGUGGUUACUGGUACAACUGUUGCACUGACUCCAACCUGAACGGCGUGUUCUAUCGUUAUGGCGACCACAGCAAGAGCACGGAUGGAAUCAAUUGGUAUGGCUGGCACGGGCCCAACUACUCCCUGAAGAGAGUGGAGAUGAAGAUCCGGCCACAGAAUUUCCAACCAUAAACUCUUCUAACUUCAAACUCUGGAUGAUGCACAUGCUUCAGAUUUAACCGAACCUGAGCAACCAAAUUGUCUUUCCCCUUUGUUAUAGUCUGGAAUGUUUCUAUGGGUUGAAUGUGUUUAAACAUGUUUGAUUGUACAUUGUAGUUCAUUUUGUAUAUAUCACUGAAAUAUUUUCUUUUCAUAAAAGCCUUUAGCGAAGCCUCUUUACCAAUGUUCUGUAAGGGUAACUGAAUGUUGCUUCCCUCCAUCUUGUCUCAUAGCAAGAGGUUUUAUUUAUCGGUCAUAACUCAAGCUGUGGUUAGGUUGAUUACACGUAGCGGGCAGGUAUGACAAUGGAAAAAUAUAUACACACACAGAGACCCAGCAAGUGUGUUGCAAUGUACCUUUGUGAGCUACUGGAACGGGAACAACCACCCAAAGUACUUCCAUCAGAAGUACCUGACAGAUUUUAUUGUAAGAAAGCAAACACUUAUUUUGGAAUUGUGUCCUUUGUAAAAAUGUGUACAGCUCUAUAGUAUGUUGUUUUGUGGGAUAGGAAAUAAACAUGUAUUUUUAAGAAAA